UACUAUAAAGUCACGUGAUAAUCUUGUAUUAUUGUGAAAGCGGGUACUUUUAAACAACUAAAUAUUAGUCUUUAUUCUUGGUGGCUUGUAAUUAUAUUACGAAACCAAACGCGAACGCGCAUAAGCUCUUUAGGAAAGUCACCAGAAUCAAUUUAUCAUGCAUAUCAAGCAGAUUAUUAUACAAGGUUUUAAAUCUUAUAAAGAUCAAACUAUUAUUGAACCUUUUAGUCCUAGACAUAAUGUCGUCGUUGGUAGAAACGGAUCUGGAAAAAGCAACUUUUUUGCCGCAAUUCGAUUCGUUUUAAGUGAUGCAUACACAAAUAUGGGUCGCGAGGAGCGGCAAGCUCUCCUUCAUGAAGGAACCGGUCCUGCUACCAUGUCUGCUUAUGUUGAGAUUAUAUUUGAUAAUAGUGACAAUCGUUUCCCUACUGGCAAAGAUGAAGUGGUCUUGCGUCGUACAAUAGGAUUGAAAAAAGACGAAUAUUCAUUAGAUAAGAAAAGUGCAACAAAAACAGAUGUAAUGAAUUUACUUGAGAGUGCUGGAUUUUCACGUUCGAAUCCUUAUUAUAUUGUACCGCAAGGGAGGAUUACUGCGUUAACGAAUGCAAAAGAUCCGGAACGCUUACAAUUAUUAAAAGAAGUUGCUGGUACUCGUGUGUAUGAGCAACGUAGACAAGAAAGUAAAAAGAUUAUUGAAGAAACUGAUUCUAAGCGAUCCAAGAUUGAAGAGCUCCUUAAUUACAUUGAGGAACGUCUUGAAGAACUUGAAGAAGAAAAAGAGGAAUUAAAAAACUUUCAGGAUAUGGAUCGUGAAAGAAGAUGUUUGGAAUAUGCAAUAUAUCAUCGGGAGCAAUUAGAUUUGAAGCGACAAUUAAAUGAGGUCUUAAGUUUUUUUUUAUUACGUUUUUUUAAGAUUGUUACCGUUAAAGUAUAAAAAGCUAAAGUUUUUUAUUAACUUAUUUAGAUGGACGAAUUACGUGAAAAAGGGGUUCAUGGCUCAAACCAACAAAAUAAAUUAUUUAAGGAUGAUGCAGAAAGAAUUA